AUGAAUAAAAAUUUCAAUAUUUCCAAUUAUAAUUUAGAUUUAAUUAAAUGCUUGCAAAAUGAAUCUGGAAUAUACUUUAUAUUAGAUCCGACAAAAGCGAUACAUGACAAAAAACAUUCAGAUGUCUAUGAUAUAUUUAUCCCAGAAAAUAGUGAUGGAGUUACAUUACAUGUUCAGAAAGUAAAUAAUGAAUAUAAAUGUAUAGGGGUAAGUAUAACCAAACGAGGAAUAGAUAUAAAUACUGGGACACGAAUAUUUAAUACAAAAAUAGCUGAUUGGUUAGAGCAGCUUUUUAAUUUUAAUAAAACAUUAGGAAAUAAUAAUAAUGCAAAUAAUAAUGAAAAUGAAGAUGGAAAUAAUAGUACAGAAAAUCGGACUAACAAUUUAAACGGUAAAAAUAAUUGGUCUAAUAUGGAAAGAAACGGACCAAACAAUCAUGGUUUCGGUACAAUUGUUAAUAACAAAAAUACCAGUAUUAAUGCAAAUCCAAUAAAUAAUAUCGGAUCUAAUAAUAAUAAUGAUCAAGGAAAUGCAAGCGGUGAUGAUAAAGAUGCAAACGAUAUUGAUGGAAAUGAUCAUCUUGAAAAUUCUGAUGAUAAUAAUAAUUCUAUUAUAAAUAAUGGAAAUAAUAAUAAAUAUAAUAAUAAUUAUAAUAAUGUUAGGCAUAAUUUAUCAAAUAAUCAAACAGGCGCACCUAUAACAAAUUUAAUAAAAAACUCAAAAGGUGGAUAUGAUAAUUUUGAAAACAAUGAUAAUUAUAAUAAUGCAAUUAAUAUGACCAAUAAAACAAAAAAUAAUAAAAAUCCAAUAAAUCAAGGAAAUUGCAAUUUAAAUGUAAACAGUAAUUUAUCGACACAUAUAAUACCUUCGUCAAAUUUAUCUUCAUCUCAAUCGAAGAAACAAAAUCAACAUACUAAACAAAUCCGAUUAAAUCAAAUGAAUAAUUCUCAUAAAUCACACUUAAUGCAAUAUCAUAAUUCUAAUUAUGAUGAUAAAAAUAGUAAGUUAUAUAACAAUGUAAAUUCUAGCAAUACUGUAAUAAAUAAACACAUUUCUUCUGAAAAUUCUGGAGCACCUCAUGGUUCUGCUUCUAAUAAUAAUGAUGCGGUUAAAAUAAAUAAGAUAGGAUGUAAUACUAGACAGAAAAAUGCACCUCAUAUUUUACACAAUAGUAAUAAUAAUAGAGAUGGAAAUAAUAAUUCAUGCAAAGGCCAACAGCCAUAUAAUGAAAAUUUGGGUUAUAGACCUACUUUAUUUAAUUUGUUAGAAGUUUUAUCAAAUCAUAAUAUUACGACACCAGAUCAAAGAGUGUGUAUUAGAGGAAUAGUAACGGAUUUCUUAAAUAAUGAAUUACCACAUGGAAAAAUAUAUGCAUAUAUCGGUGCAGUAGUAGGGCAUGAUAUAUUGCAUGAUAUAAUAAAAAAAUUAGAAAAAGAUCCUAAUCGAAAUGCCGUACCAGAUGCAUCUGGAUUAGCUAGAAUCGAAGCUUCUUUUGGGUUAAGUAAAUCAUCUUACGAUUUUAUGAAUCAUAAUUCAACUAAUUCAUCUAUGAAUAAUAUUCCUAAUGUUUUAUUUAAUAACCGAAAUUUAAAUAGUGCACUAUUGAAUAAUCAUAUAUAUUCAAAUAUACUAUCAAACGUGGCAAAUAAUAAUAAUAAUAAUAAUAUUGGGGAUAAUAUGGGUCACUCUGGAAUGUUAAAUGCGGAUAGUGAAAAAAUUGGGAACAAUAAAACAGCUAACGAUAUUAAUAAUAUGAUGAUGAAAUAUGGAGAUAAUGAUAAAUCAGGAGGUUCUUACAAUAAUAAUAUGUUAAAUAUAAACAAAAAAAAAGCACUUAAUAUGUUAAACAUGAGAUAUAUGGAUAAUAAUAAUAAUAAUAAUAGUAAUAAUAAUAAUAAUAUGACUGAUAUGGGAAAUUUAGGAAUGGGUAAUAUGAACAAUACAGAUAAUGGUUAUAUGAAUCAAAUGAAUAUUGAUCUAGCUAAUUUAGAAAAUUUAAAUAAUGCUAAAAAUUCUGGAUUAUCAAUGCAUGAUUAUUUAUAUGCCUCUAAAAAUCUUCACAAUGCUAAUCCUCUUAAUAGAAAUAAUAAUAUAGUUGAAGAUGAAGAAGAAUUAAUGAAGGUUAUAAAAAAAAAUAUUGAAACAUAUAAAAUGAAUAAUAUAAAAAAUAUAUUAAUAUCAUCUGUUUUUGGUAGAAUUAAGUGGUUAAAAAUAAUGAAUGAAUCUCCACAUGCAUAUUUAUAUGGGCAUAGUAUAGUCAAAUAUGGCAAUAAAUUAUAUAUGUUUGGAGGUACUAAUAAUAAGCAUAAAAAAGUACCAUUUAAUCAUACAUUAACAUUUAGUCUAAUUUAUUAUAACUAUAAAUUAUUACCAUUGAGUGGUAAUUAUCCUGAUGAAAGAGAUGGACAUACAACACAUUUGGUUUCAUUGAAGUCUGGAUUAUCUGUAUUUUUAUUUGGUGGUGCUAAUAAUAAUAUAUAUUAUAAUGAUAUAUAUAUAUUAGAUAUGGAAACACGAAAAUGGUCAAAAAGAAUUGUAAAUGGAAAAUUACCAUUGCCUAGACAUCAACAUUGUUCAUUAGUUUAUCCAGCAAAAAGUGAGCAUUUAAGAGGAGAAAAAUUAAAUUUAACUGAAGGAGUUAUAAUUUAUGGAGGUAAAUGUUUAUAUAAUAAUAAUAAUAUUGUUAAUUUAAAUGAUAUGUGGAUUUUUUUAUUUCAAGCAAAUAUGUGGGUACGUAUAAAUUAUUUAGGAGAUCAAAUACCUAUUGGAAGAUAUGGAAUGAAUUUAAUUUGGUCUGAUACAAAUACGUUAUGUUUAUUUGGUGGAGAAUGUUUACAAUCCGACAAAAAUUAUAAAACUAGAAAACUUCUUGAUGAUAUGUGGACUUUUAGAUUAAACACGCCAUUAUUAAUUAACAAUACAGAAGAUAUAGGUGCAGAUGUAAAAUAUCUUUCUUAUGAAAAUACAGUAAAUACUCAAUCCGAAGUUCACAAGCAUCAAAAAGGAACAAAAACAGAUUCUCAUUUAAAUAAUUCAAAUGGAAAUAAUGGAAUUUCUACUCAUGAUAAUAACAAUAAUAAUGAUAAUUAUUAUGGUCAAACUGAUAACAUAAAUGAUAAAAAUGGAAUAAAUGAAAAUGACAAUAAAAUGGGAAACAAUAAUGAAUCUCAGGCUGUAGAUAAUAAAGGAGGUAUAGAAAAUAAUAAUAGUAAUAAUAAUAAUAGCAAUAAUAAUAAUAAUAAUAAUAAUAGUAAUAAUAGCAAUAAUAACAAUAGCAGUAACAAUAGCAGUAACACCAACUUAAUAAACAAAAUAAAAAUAGCAGGAGAAUGGAAACGAGAAAUAUAUGAAGGAAAUAUCGGAUCCAGAUCAAACUAUAGUAGUAUUUUCAUUACUCAAAGACAUCAAGAUUUUAAAGGUGCAGAACCCAAAACUAUUGAAAAAUUAAUGCUUCUAUGUAGUGGAAUAACUUAUGAUAAUAAAUUAAAAAUAGUUUCAAGUGAUGAAAUUUAUGUAUAUUUUUUUUCACAAAAAAGAUGGUAUUUAUUAAAAGGGAAAUUAUAUAAUGAAGAAUAUAUGUAUAGUGCAAGACAAAGACAUGUAGGAUGUUUUUUUGAAUCAAAAAAUGUAUUAGGUCGAUCAAAUAGAAAUCCUGUUCCAUGUAUAUUUAUACAUGGUGGUUUUAAAAAAAAUUCUGUAUUUGGUGAUGCAUGGUUAUUAUCUUUGACUGGAGAAAAUCCAUUAAGAUUAUAUGAAUAUGAUACAUGUAGAGAGAAAAUAUCAACAACACAAAUGCCAUUAUAUUAUUUUCGAGAUACUCAUUCAAUAAGUUUAUUAUAUACUUUUUGUACAUUACAAAAAUGGCUAUUUGGUGCUUUUGCUAAUUUAGUAGAUAAUUCAGUAUAUGCUAUAAAUCCAGCAGAAAAUGUUUUUAUCAAAUAUGAACUUACUCCUGAACAUGAUGGCAUGAUAUCUAUUCAAGAUGAUGGGGAAGGAUUAGAUUUUAAUGCAAUGAAUCGAAUAUUAAGAAUGUAUGGAAAUUAUAAAAAUUAUGAUAAUAAUUCAUUUUAUAAUAAUAACAAUAAUAAUAAUAUAAAAAAACAUUCGCUACCUAAUAAUGAUGAUUCAGAUGGUUAUGAAAUAGAUAAUUAUGAUGAAAACGAUGAAAAUGAUGAAAAUGAACAGGCACAUAAUGAAGAAACUAAUAAUAAUAAUGAACCCAACAAUAAUGAAAAUAAUAAUUCUGAUCAAAAUAACAACCAAUGUGACAAUAAUAAUAAUAAUGCAGCUUUUGAUAAAACUGGAAAUAACAAUACUGAAUCAAAUCAAACGCAACCGAAUGCAGAAAAUGAUACAAAAUCAGAAAAAGGACCAGAUGGUGAAAAUAAUAAUAAUUUAUCAGGAUCAAAUUGUGAAGGAAUAAUAAAAAAAGAAAAUGAAACACGUAACAAAAAUGGUGUUAUUGGAAAGAAGAAAUGUACAUGGAAUGACAGUUUUUAUUAUAAAAAAAAAAAUCAACAUUAUUUUUAUAAUGACAUUUCUAAUAGUAUAUUUGAUAUUAAAUAUGGUGUAGGUUUUAAAACUGCAUUUGCUAGAAUUGCAUCAAGUUGUGCAAUCAUGUCAAGAACAAUUAACACAAUAGGUAUUGGUUUAUUGUCACUCGAAUUAAUGAAUCAUUGUGAUGCUAAAGAAUUGGCUACCCCUUUAUGUAUGUGGAAAUUACCAAAUAAAGAAUUAAUAAAUCGAAAUAUUGCUAACAAAUCAGAACAUAGACAUCAUCAAAAAUUAUUAAUGUCUUAUACUCCAUUUAACAGUCCAAGUUUAUUAGCUGAGCAAAUUAAUAUAUUAGGUACAUAUAGCGGUACUCGAUUAUUAUAUUGGAAUUUUAGAGAUGAUAUGGAUUUUAUUAUUUUUAAUCCAACAAAUAAUAAUAUAUAUCUUAGUAGCUCACCAUUAAGUAUUGAUGAACUCAAAAAUAAAAAUAAAAAACAAAAAAAUACACAAGGGGAAGGAUCAAAUUUUAGCUCAAAAUAUCAAGGUGUAAAAGAUAUCAAAUUUCCUAACCGAAUAAUUAAACGAAAAGGGGUUUUUGAGGAAGAUGGAAAUUUAAAAAAACUCAAAACAGAUGUUGAAAAUUCAGAUGAACAAGUUGAAAAAAAUGAGGAUAUUAUUGCUGAUGAUAAAAAUGAAGAAAAUAUUAAAAAAGAACAUGACAAUAUAAGUAACUCCUCAAAAAAUAAUAUAAUUCUUGAUAAUAAUAAUAAUAAUAAUGAUGAUAAUAAUAAUAAUGAUGGUGAUGAAAAUACAACAAAUUGUAAUGAAAAACUAAAAUAUGAAGAUGAAUUAAAAUAUAAUAAUAAUAAUUAUUUUAAAAAAAGAAUGAAUUUAUUUGAAUAUAAUUCUCAUUUAACUCCAAAUAUUUCAAAAGAAAAAUAUAACAUGAAUCAAAUAUUUCCAUUAUGGGAUCAUCCAAAAGAUAGUAUUGAUUAUUGUUUAUCAACAUAUUUAUAUUGGCUAUACUUACGUAGAAGUACAAAUAUAUUUUUGCAAAAUACUUUAUUAAUACCUACAUGUAUGAGAAGAGAAAAAGAUAUGAAUCAAAAUAAAAAUAAUAAUGAUAAUAAUAAAGGAAAAAAAAAAGGAACAAAAUCAACCAAAUUACGAAAUAAAAAAAUAAACAAACAAAAUGAUGAAAAAAUAGCUAAUACUGAAGAAAAUAAUGGUGAAAAAAUCCCAAACACAUCUGAAACUGUUUUAGAAAAUAAUAACUCUUUUGUAAAAUCUGAGCUAAUACAAGAAAAAAAUGAUGAUAACAAUCAUGUUGAUGCUCAAAAUGAAGCUAAUGUAAAUAAUGAAAAAGGAGAAAAUAUUUCUGAACAAAAUCAAAAUACUGAAAUAAAUAAUAAUGGAAUAAAAAAUGAAAAUGUUUGUACAAAUAAAGUAGAGGGAGAAAAGGAAGAAAAUAAUAAUCUUGAGGAUGGAAAAAAAAACAACAAUUGUGAGAAUGAUACAAAUGGAGGGUUAACAAAAUUAGAAAAACAAAAACUUGAAGAAGCAUUAGAAUAUGGUAUAUCCCAAAAUGUUCAACCUCAAAACUCUGCAAAUAAAAAUGGAACAGAUGAUGAAGAGGAAGAAGAUGAAGAGGAUGAGGAAGAAGAAGAGGAGGAAGAGGAGGAGGAAGAAGAAGAAGAAGAGGAAGAGGAAGAAGAGGAGGAAAAAGAAAAAGAAAAAGAAGAAGUUUCGAAAAAUAAUGAAGAUAAUGGAAAUAUAAAUGAAACAAAUAAUGAUGUAGAAAAUGAAAAAGCAGAAGUUGAAGGUGAAAUUAAUCAAGUAGAUGAAGGAGGAGUAGUAAAAACAGAAACACAAAAUGAAAUGGAAACUGAAAAUAAUGUAGAAGAUGGUAAUGAAACAAAUAAAAAAAAUAAAAAAGAAAAUAAAAAUAAAGUUGGAAAAACUAUUGAUGAUACAAACGAAGAUAGUAUUGCUAGUAGAAGGAAAAGAAGAAAAAAAAAAGAUGAUUUAUCAGCUGACACAACAGCUAAUGAUAAAAAAAAUGGAGAAAUAGAAAAAAUGAAAAAAGAAAAUUAUGUUAAUGUAUAUAUGGAAAAUUUUAAAAUUAAAGAUGAAUAUUAUAUUAAUAAUCCAAGUAAAUAUACAUUAUACCACUUUUUAAGAAGAAAAUUAUAUAAAAUGGUAGAAAGCCAUUAUUUAUUUACUCCUGCAGAUCAUACAUAUGGUUCUUUUAUUAUGAUGGGAUUUUUAAAUGAUAAUAAUAACACUAGUAUAGAAGUUAAUCGAGUAUGUGAAACUGGUAUAUUAUUAUAUUAUAAAAAUAGAUUAAUAAAAAGAUUAGAUGCUCCAUUUAUUGAUACACCAUAUAAUUUAUUUUUAUCAAAAUAUCCUCCUAACCCUUCUUUAUAUGAAGGAAAUUUAUAUAAAUAUGCUUUGACUGUUAUUGUUAAUGUUCCCAAUUGGUUAAAACCCUCUGUUAGCAAACAAGAAUUCGUUCAUGAAAAUAAUCACGCAUUUCUUGUUUUUAAAAAGAAGUUAGUUACAUUAAUAAAACAUUAUUUAUCUAUUUGUGAAGAUGUUGUUAAGCUUAACAAAUGGAGAGAGUCAAGAGAUAUGAAAUUAAAAAAAUAUUUAGAAAAAAUCCAAAACCAAAGUGUAAAAAGCCGAAACGAUUCAGAUUAUGAAAAUGAUGAUGACAAUAAUAAUAAUAGUAAAAAUAAAAAUUUUAACAUUAUAUAUAAUAAUGAUGAAGAGGGAGAUAAUUAUAUGAAUGAUCAAAAUGAUGGAAAUAAAAAAAAAAAAGAAGAAAUUAAUUAUUCGGGAAAAAAUAAAACACCAUAUACAAAUGAUAGCGAACCAAUUUUACACAAAAAUAAAAAAACUAAAACAAAUAAUAAUGAUGAUUCAAAUAAAAGAGAUCAUAAUCCAACAUCAGAAAAUGAAUCAGCUAAUAAUGAUAAUGAAAAUAAUCAAGAAAAUGAUGUUUUGGAAGGAGAAAAAGAACAAGAAGAUGAUGAAUAUGAUCAAGAGGCUGAAAAUCGUCCAAAUUUUCAAGAUGAAAAAGAUGAACAUGAAGAAAAUGAGGAGGAAGCUGAAGAAGAAGAGGAAGAGGAAGAGGAAGAAGAUCCUGAUGAUGAAGAAUAUAAUGCUGAAAUGGAUGAUCAAAAAAAUCGAAGUGUUGAACAAGAGACUGAGGAAGAAAUGAUAGAAGAAGAUGAAGAAUAUGAACCAGAGGAUGAAUGA